AAAACCAACAUUCUCCAUGCUUUCUUCACUGAAUCUUUUCUUUUCUUUCUUCACCUCAGUUGGAGCGGUUGGAUUUCCAAUUGUCAUUCUCUAUUUGUUCAUUUUCUAAGUUUUGAGCAUUAUAUAAGCAGCUGCAGCUCUUCCUUCUACUGCAAGAAAUUGAUCAAUCUGCUUCAUGUGUUGGGGAGUAAACAUGGCGAACAAUCUUCGAACAGAUUCAUCCGAUUACCGGACAGAGCUUCUGUCUCCUGCACCUGAUGGAGACAACGUUGUCGAAUCAAUGGAACCCUCGUGGAGACUUAACAUAAAUAAGUUUCACGUUCCUGAGAAACAUGUUGACUCUAGUUUUGGUUUCGGUCACUUUGUUAGAACCCUAAGGAGACGAAGGAAAAUUGCGGAAUAUUACAAGAGGCAAGAGAAGCUUCUUAAGGGCUACAAUGAAGUUGACACAUUCACUGAAUUGGGAAUUUUGCCUGGAAGUUUAACUGAGGAUGAAAUGAAGCAGAUUGCAAGGAGUGAAAGGGUGGCAAUUUAUGCAUCAAAUGUAGCAAACUUGGUGCUUUUCUUGGCAAAAGUUUAUGCUUCUGUUGAGAGUAGAUCAUUGGCAGUCAUAGCAUCCACUUUGGACUCCCUUUUGGAUCUUUUAUCAGGAUUCAUUUUGUGGUUCACUGCUUAUGCAAUGAAGAAUCCCAAUCACCACAAGUACCCUAUUGGCAAGAACAGGAUGCAACCUGUGGGAAUUGUUGUUUUUGCAUCAGUAAUGGCAACUCUCGGACUGCAAAUUUUGUUCGAAUCAGGUCGAGAACUCCUCAUAAAGGCUCAGCCUGAUAGGGAUCCUGAGAAAGAAAAAUGGAUGAUUGGGAUUAUGGUGUCAGUCACAGUAGUAAAAUUUGUGCUAAUGAUGUACUGCCGUAGAUUCAAAAAUGACAUUGUCAGGGCCUAUGCUCAAGACCAUUUUUUCGAUGUCAUUACUAACUCCAUCGGUCUUGCAGCAGCCAUGUUAGCCAUCCAAUUCUACUGGUGGAUCGAUCCUGUCGGUGCCAUCCUAAUUGCUUUAUAUACAAUGGGAAACUGGGCAAACACAGUGAUGGAAAACGUGUGGUCAUUGAUUGCGAGGACAGCUUCAGCAGAGUUUAAGGCAAAGCUAACAUAUUUGAUAUGGAAUCACCAUGAGGAUAUCAGCCACAUUGAGACAGUGAGAGCUUACACAUUUGGGAGCAACUAUUUUGUGGAAGUUGAUAUAGUUUUACCAGGAGAAAUGACCCUCCAUGAAGCACAUAAUAUUGGAGAGACUCUACAGGAGAAGCUUGAGAAAUUUCCUGAAGUGGAGAGAGCUUUUGUUCAUGUUGAUUUUAAUACUACUCAUCAGCUUGAGCACAAGCAGAAGAAACCUGCAUAACCCUCCAAGAAAAUAGCAUAUCUAAACUGAGAUAAUUAUUCAAUUUGAAGUUGUUUAAUCAGUAUAAUCUUUGUAAAACCGAAAAAGAGAAUUAAGAUUAUUGUUUACUUUAUUGUAAGGGUGUGAAAUUAUUUUUGCUAUU